AAAACCGAUUCUUUGAUGAUUUUAGUAUGUUAAUGUAGUAAAAAAAAAACAAGAACUUUAUGCUGAUUCAAACAAUGUCAAAAAAAAAAGAAGAUAUUAGAUAAUACUUCAUCAGAUCGAUAAGUCUCCAGCAAAAUUGAUUUUUUUUUUUGUUUUUGGUGCAGGCAGUUUGAAUUAAUUUGUGAUGGGAAGUAGCAGUUCGAAACGCUCGAGCAACAGAAGCAGUCGUAGAUAUUCUCAAAGUGCUUCUUCAUCUUCUUACGGACACAAUCCAAACUACACUCCACAGGCUCCUGCUUCAUCUUCCAGUUCCAGGUCUGUGAAGAACCAAGGCAAUAAGAAGUAUUCUCAGAUCGGUGAUUACUACCGUUCCAUUAAUGAGGUUACGGCUGCUCUUUCCCAUGCUGGUUUGGAGUCAUCGAAUCUGAUUGUUGGUAUAGAUGUCACUAAGAGCAAUGAGUGGACAGGAGCGAGAUCAUUCAACAGGCAAAGCUUGCAUUACAUUGGAACAACUCCAAACCCGUACCAGCAAGCUAUUUCCAUCAUUGGAAAGACUUUAUCUGGUUUUGAUGAGGAUAAUUUGAUCCCUUGUUAUGGAUUUGGAGAUGCUACAACACAUGAUCAGCAUGUCUUCAGUUUCUAUCCGAAUGAUACAUUCUGUAAUGGGUUUGAAGAAGUCCUUUCACGUUACAGAGAGAUUGUUCCUCAUCUGUGUCUUGCAGGGCCAACUUCUUUUGCACCCAUUAUCGAAAGGGCCAUGACUAUUGUGGAAGAAAGCGGAGGGCAGUACCAUGUUCUUGUCAUAAUUGCUGAUGGACAGGUGACAAGAAGUGUUGAUACAAAUCAAGGCGGCCUCAGCUCACAAGAACAAAAGACCAUUGAUGCGAUCGUUAGAGCUAGUGCAUAUCCUUUAUCGAUAGUUCUGGUCGGUGUUGGAGAUGGUCCUUGGGAUACAAUGAGACAGUUUGAUGACAACAUUCCCGCUCGUGCCUUUGACAAUUUUCAAUUUGUAAAUUUCACUGAGAUUAUGGCUAAAAACCUUGAUCCUGGAAGAAAAGAAGCAGAAUUUGCACUUUCCGCCUUGAUGGAGAUCCCGUCUCAGUAUAAGGCCACCCUCGAGCUCGGCCUACUCGGACGAAGAACUGGAAAGUCUCCAAACAAGAUUGCUCUUCCACCACCAAUCAGUGCUACUAACCCAUUUCUGAACACCACCCCGAAAACUUCCUGGUCAAGCACUGUUGCAGCCACUGCACCGCCUACUUCAGCUGCUAGUAGUAACGAGAGAGAGAGUUGCCCGAUCUGUCUGGUUAAUGCAAAGAACACGGCAUUCAACUGUGGCCAUCAGACUUGCCAUGGAUGUGGACAAGACAUUGAUAAGUGUCCCAUUUGCCGCACCACUAUUGCAGUUCGCAUCAAGCUCUAUUAAUAAUGGUACUUUUUCAUCAGAUCAUCGACCACAAGGUGAACGAAACCCGUUAUUUUUUUCUGAGGGCUUCGCCAUUGUUUCCAUCUUUAGGGGAAUACAAGAGUUUUGUGGUUCUCCAUCUAUUCUUUCUGUACAUAACUUUUUUUUUUUCGCAUUCUUACUGCACUUGGAUUAAACACUUUCAGUUUAGCUUUAGAGCUUUUUUAAUAAACAAUAGAUUGUUUUGUUUC